AUGGCCCCCUUCAAGAUGGUCGCCGCGGCGGCGGCGCUGGCUCUCGUCGGUCACGUCCAGGCUACCGAGAUUCCCCUCCCUCCGUGCCUCGACCCCUUCCAGCCAUUUGUCUAUUCCGGUUGCUUUGGGGAAUCGGCCGGCACCCAGCUCUUGCCCUUCCGCCCUCCCCUUGACCAGCAGGAGGGCACCGUCGAGAAGUGCGUGGCCACGUGCAAGGGCAAUGGCUACCGCUACGCCGGCCUCGUCUACUACGGCGUGUGCUACUGCGGCCAGACCGUCAACGGACCGCAGGUCGACGACUCGCAGUGCGACCUCCCCUGCAAUGGCAACAAGUCCGAGACGUGCGGCGGUAACGGCCACUUUUCUGUCUACUCUGACCCCACCUUCCUGCCUGUCGACCAUGUCACCGUUGCCGACUACGAACCUCUCGGCUGCUGGACCGACGACUCGAGCCUGGGCCGCGCCCUGACAUACCGUCAGGUCCAGCUCGACAGCGCCACCCUGACCACCGAGAAGCGUCUGCAGGCCUGCCGCGACGGCGGCUUCCCCUUUGCCGGAACCGAGUACAGCGGUGAAUGCUACUGCGGCGUCGUCAUCGGCAACGACACCUAUGCUGCGCCCGCUGACGAGUGCGACAUGCCCUGCAACGGCAACGCGGACGAGACCUGCGGUGGCCGCAGCCGCCUGAACCUCUACGUCGCCGAGGAGCUGGGAUCGCUCCAACCCUGUGGUUACCAGCCCUCCGUCUCGAGCAGCACCUCGCUGCCGCCGUCUUCGACCGUCACUUCCACCACCUCCUCUUCCACCUCUUCGUCGACAGCGCCUCCCGAAACUUCAACUAUUACUUCGACGAGCACCACCCCGGCCACCUCGACCACAAGCACCAGCAGCUCCGCCUGCGUGUCUACCACCGUCGUGCCCCCGCAGUGCGAGUACAAGUGCGGCAAGUGGUGCUCGUCGCCCCUCCCCGACUGGAACGACCCCAAGACGUGCAAGAAUGCCUGGUCUAGCUGCCACGUCCAAGUUGCGUCCUGCUUCAAGCAGGCCGGGUGGCCCGACGUGCUCGACUGCUUCGAGUUUAGCCAGUGGUGCGCCGACAUCGCCAAGUACUGCGACAGCAACCCGCGUGGCGGCUGCCGCAAGGACGACUUCUGGGGCAAGAAGCCCCCCAAGGGCGGUGCGCACCCAUCCACUACCAUCACUGUGACCGCCACGUGCGCCCCUGCCACCGGCACGGAGCCGCCCGCGACUUCUACCAAGCCCCCUGCCUCCAGCACCACCACCAGGUGCCCCAUCCCGACCCCCACCAACAUCUGCAUCCAGCCCAGUAGCCCGCUCUACGGCUACGGCCCGGGCAAGCCGGUCGGCGGCAUCGACAUGCCCGUCGUGAGCUGCAACGACCUCCCCAACGAGUGGGCCCAGUUCCCGUUCAAGGGCUACACCGACCGCGAUAGCCGCAACUGCCGCAAGUAUCAGCGGAACCAGUGCACAAACGUCUGCGCCGACGCCUGCAAGGAGCAGUACGAGGACUGCGUCAACGUCUACGCCGAGGGCUGCAAGCGCAAGCCGCACGGGCGCCGGGACGUCGGCUACUUUGAGUUCCGGGGCAGCGUCGAGAAGCGCACCUUCGGGUGGAACGACGACUUCUCGGGCGCCGUCAACAAGUGCAAGGCCCAGUACAGCGACUGCUUGAGGGUAAACAGGGGCGUCACGGGUGCCGGCAAGUGCACCAAGCCUUGCGGAUGGUAG